AUGGCCUCAGAUACAGCAGCCAUUGACCGCCUGCAGGACUCUGUCGUUGACGGGCGGACAGAGAACGGGCGCUACCGCCAGGACCAGCUCCAGCGCCUGCACAGCACCCUGCGCGAGCAGGCCAGCCAGGUAAUUGCAGCCCUCGUGGCCGCCUCCAAGUCUUGCAGCGCCGAGGCAGAUGCCGAAUUCUACCUUGGCAUGGAAGCCGUAAGGCACUUCUAUGACAGCCUGGACUUUGAGAAGGAUCUCAAGGACGAAUACAAUGUGGUGCGCGGCGAGGAUAACUUGGAGAGGAGAGUCGGCGCCGGGCUGGUGGUGAUAAGACCGACGACUCACACCCGCUUCUACUCGAUCGUGACUCCGCUGGCAGCUGCGAUCGCGGCAGGGAAUUGUAUCAUACUUGAGCUUUCCGAGACGACGUCGCAGGUGGACUCGGUGCUCCGCCAAGCACUCACAAAUGCGUUGGAUGUCAACACGUUCUACGCCAGCAAGACCACCACGGACCAGUCAGUUCUGGACGAUGCAGUGCUAGUUGAUCAGACAACCAAUGGGCCCCCGAGCACUCUCACAAACCAGCUCCUCUCCUCGUCGCAGGCUCGCUGCGUGGCUAUCGUCGACCGAAGCGCAGACAUCGACGACGCGGCGAGGGCCAUCACCACCGCCAGAUUCAGUUUCGGUGGCACGUCGCCGUACGCGCCGGACCUGGUGCUGGUCAACGAGUUUGUGAAGAGGGACUUCUUCGAGGCGUGCUCCCGCUAUGCGACCCUGUCGUUCGCCAAGGACAGCGGCGUAAACCGGGCGGGCGGCGGCCGCGACGGAGAAACGCAAAGGGCUAUCAAAGAUGCCGAGGAAAGGGAGCAAGUAUCGAGCUUCGGGUCCAACGACUUCAAGCUGGUCGAUAUCGUGGAUAAGUCGUCGCCCGUGAUGGACCUCAAGAUCACAGGCCGCUACCUGCCAAUCGCCACGUGCUCGAGUCUCACAGACGCCAUCUACAACCGGGACUUUGAGAAGCCCUUGCUGGCAGGCUACUUCUUCGCCGAGUCGGGCUCAGCCAAGUACCUGGCGCAGUUCCUCCCCUGCCAUGUGGCGCUCAUCAACCAGAUCCCCACGCACCUGCUCGUCGGGCCGGCCGCGCCCACGGCACACGCGCCAGAAUUUGAGCACCGAUACAGCCGCGACAUGUUCUCGGUGGCCCGCCCGCAGUUUGUGAGGAAGCCGGCGGCAGCCCUCCACAAGGCAGACGAGCUGCUCUCGGGCGGGCCAAACAAGGGCGGCGUGACGGCGGCGGCGCUGCGCGAGGCGGCGACCAAGCCUCUGGCGCCGGUCAAGCAGUCGAGCAACAAGGGCGUUGGGUUCUUCGAGCAGGGUCUCCUGACGGGAGCGGCACUUUACUUGUCUGUGAUUCUGCCCGUGGUCGGUUACUCAACCUACUUCCUAGUGAGGAAAGGCGUCGAAUUCGCGCUCAAGCUCAGGCGCUGA